AGCUGCGACCACCGACUUUGGGCUUGGCGCACGAGCAGCAUGAAGUUCGGCAAGGUGCUCACGCAGUCCAUCGAGCUCUCGUCCUCCGAGUACGAGCGGUCGUGGGUCAACUACAAGCAGCUCAAGCGCAUCAUCAAGGACUGCGCGCAGAUCCCCAAGCACGACAAGCUCAAGAAAGAAAAGCUCAUUGAGGCUGCCAAGCAAAACAGCGACAACGAGUCCAUCCGCGAAUCGGUGAACGAGAUGAACUUCUUCCGCACGCUGCGCGCCGACAUGGCCAAGAUUGCCGACUUCUUCGUCAAGACACAGCAGCGGUAUGGCGAUCUGCUGGGCCACCUCGAGACACACUUCAAGGCCUUCGAGCAAGCGCGCGAUGCGAACCAAGAUACCAAGACGCAGAUCAUGGGCGCGUGCGUCGCGCUCUUCAAGGAGAUGCUUCUGCUCGAGAACUUUGCGCUGAUCAACUACUCUGGUAUCUCCAAGAUUCUCAAGAAGCACGACAAAUGGACGGGCUACAACACCCGGACCAAGUUUGUCGAGCAAGUGCUCAACAAGCAGCCGUUCGCCACGUACUCGCAGCUACUCACGAUGAUCCACCGCGUGGAGACGAUAUUUAUGGACGCCACCGGCUCCACCAUCACCCAGCACGACGACUCGACGGCGCCACAGGACCGGACGCUCGAGCUGCAACUCGGGUACACGAUGCUGCAGCUGUCGCAAAAGGACGCGGCGCCGGCGGUGGCCAAGGUAGCUCCGUCACCGACGCCGAGCGCCAAGGCCGCCGAGCGCAGCAAAGUGUCCCUCCACGCCGUCCAUGCGCUGCGGGACGAGUCGUUUAGCUUCAAGAAGACCGAAGAGAGUCUGUCGCCGACGAAUUCGGUCUCCAACUCCAACUCGGAAGACGCCGACGACGAAGACGACGGCAACGACGAUGACAGCACGACGUCAUCGGACGCAUCCAAGGUCCGGCCAAAGCGCAAGCGACAACCUGCCGCGACGACGGGGACCGACUCGCCGUCACCGACGCGGCAGAAGAUGAGCUUUGCCAACAUUUUGAAUUGA